UCUUCAUCCAUUUAUUUUCCGAUUUAUCUGUAAGGAGUUAGACAGCUAAUUUACUGGCUUUUGCGUCGGGGUGCCUUGUUUUUUUUUAUUUUUAAUAAUUUUUUCACCUUCUUUUUUUCAUUUCUGAUUUUUGAAAGAAACGAUUCAUUAUAAGAGUGAAAGGCAGCGAGGAAAAAAAAUAAUUUGUGGGUUUUUUUUUUUCUUUUUGAAGAAAACGAUUUUUCAAUGAUGAACGGAGCAGCCAUGUACUGUGAAAGUGUUUAUCAGCUGAGAUCCGGCAAUGAUGACUACAAAAGUUAUCACAGCGAACCGGACAACUACGUGCAGGACACGAAAUUGUUCUACGCGGACCCUAGUCCGCAACAUUGUUCUUAUCCGGAACCGAACGUCCCCGAACCACCUGCCGGACAUUUACCACAUCAAAUAAUCAACGAGGAAAAUGGAUUAAUUUAUACAAAUUUAGAUGCCGGACAAAACUAUAAUCCCAUCCAGCAUCAUUAUCAACAGCCUUACUAUCAUCAGUCUUCUGGGCCUCAUUAUUAUCCGGUAACUGCAGAAUACAAUGUCCGGCAAAUGUCGAAUAACAUAAACGAAAAUGGUAUUGGACACCACCAUGCGAUCCACCAACAAAUCCGUCGAAAUAUGUACCAUGGAUAUCCAAAUUACGGUAAUCAACCUAACGACCAAAACCACCAGCCGAUACCUGGCGGGAACAGCCCGUCGAUGAGCGCGGUAGCAGUUUAUCAAAGGCCGCAACAGCAACAGCCCAUUCCCACAUUCAAAUGGAUGCAAAUUAAAAGGAGUGUACCUAAACCUACAGUUCCAAAAAUUGAAUAUGGGACUACAGCUGGAGUAACUGCAAACGGAAACACCAUGCCUUAUCCUGGAACGUCACCCGGUACCGGCGGAGGAGCGUCUGUUUCAGCUUCAGGAAGGACGAAUUUCAGCACAAAGCAACUGACUGAAUUAGAAAAAGAAUUUCAUUUCCACAAAUAUCUAAACCGGGCUCGUAGAAUAGAAAUAGCCUCUUCUCUUGGCCUCAAUGAAACACAAGUGAAAAUUUGGUUCCAAAACAGGCGAAUGAAAGCCAAGAAAAGGCUAAAAGACAGCAGAGGACCCGUUGCUCUGGACACUACAUCAGCCAAAGAGAACAGUUUGCCGACAUCAAGUUCCAUGUCUAACAUAAAUUCCAUAUCUUUACCUGGUAGUUCCUCUUCGUCACCAUUAUCUUCUAACCAUUCUAACCAGUGACACAAGAUCGCCAACAAACACAAACUGAUUGUAUGCAAUCUGUGAAAGAUUUUAAUGAAGAACAGUUAAAACUUUGUGGUUUUAUGGUUCCUAUUAACUUAACAAGCUGUAUUCCGUCUUCAUAUGCGCAAAUAUAGUAAAAAUUAUUGACAAAACACAAACGGAGUUGUUGGGGAAAAGAGUGCCAGUGAGAGAAAAAUGUUAAGGCACUGUGCGAUUUAUCGCCAAAUCUGGAUACCGAAUAUUUAAAUAUUUUCAUAUUAACAAAUUGACUUAUAAUUCUGAUUUUGUAAUAUAAGUACAGUAAACUCUCGAUUAUCCGCACUUUGGUUUCGAAGACUUAAUUUAGAAUGUAACUGCUGCAGAAAGUGCAAUUUCUGAAAACAUUUGUGAUUUUCCAACGAUAUUUUAUUUGCAAGAAAUAGUGUUCUAUGAUAUUUUGAAUAUGGGAAAAUUUUCCCACCGAUAUUUUGUCGGUUAAAGAUUUUGUUUUGCUAUGCUGUGAGCAAAUAUCACGUAGUCUUUUCUUUUCAGUCAUAAUAAAAUCUUCUUUGUUAUGACAACGUUGGAAAAAAAAAAGCACGCAAACAAAUU